AUGUAUCUUCGUUGUUCUUUAAAGAAUCUUCGCAAACGUGAUCAGAGCAUGAAGGAGUAUCUUGUUCAAAAUCAAGCUAUUUGUGAUAGUCUUGCUGCUUGUGGUAAUCCCUUGACAAAAACGGUUGACAUUUCUGCUAUCUUAUAUGGCCUACGGCCAAAAUAUGAGCAUGUGGUGGUCGUCAUUGCCUCGAGUCAACUGCCAUAUAAUCUACAUGGUGUUUGCAGUGUUCUUCUUGACAUAGAGGCAAGUUCUUUGCAAAGCGGCGCGUAUGGGGUUUCUGGUUUCCACGAUGGUGUUCACGAUGUCUACGGAGUCUAUGCCAAUUCUAAUGGUUAUGGAGUAUUGACCGGUGGUUCUAUUUGCUGUGGGGCUUCGGAUGAUAAUGUUGUCACGAUUGCUGGUGGCUUUAGAGCUUGGGGGUAUGGAGAUACGGCCUUGUAUCCUGAUUCCGGUGCUACGACUCAUCUGAAUCCUGAUGGUGUUAAGGUUAUUCACUUUGUUCCAUAUUUUGGUCCGGGUAAGGUUUCGGUUGCCAAUGGCAUGGUUUUCCAAUCUCAGAGUUUAAAGGGUGAUGAAAAUGUUCAUGAUUACUUGGUUGCUGGAUGUUCCAAGCCUGAUAAGGCGACCAUUAAGGGUUCUUUACAGUCUGUUAGUAAUGUUACUUUUGAUGAGUCUAUGGUUUCUUCACAUACUGUUUGUGAUGAUUCUGAUUCUGUUGAUUCUUGUCUUGUGAAUUUGCAUAGUUCUAGUUUGAACACUCAUGAUGUUUGUAAUAUUGUAACUAGUGAUGUUGAGCUUUGGCAUUGUAGGUUGGGACAUCCGUCCACUGUUGUUUUAGCUCAAUUUCUUAGGCAAUUUAGUUCAAAUGGACUUGUGGGUCCUGCAACUUUAGUUUCCAACAAUUCUUGUUAUUAUCUUAGUUUUCUUGAUGCUUGCACAAGGUUUACUUGGAUUUAUUUCUUGACUAGAAAACCGGAUAAUGUAACUUCAUUUCAUGUGAUGGUUGAGAGGCAAUUUAAUUGUAAGUUAAAGGUUACUCAAUCUGAUUGCGAGGAUACACUGUCGGUAUCAGUUGCUGAUCAGAGAAUUGCUGCAAAGUUUGUUUAUCCCAAACUUGCUGAGCCUGCAGGUUCAAUUGUCGCUGCUUCAUCUCAGGUUCCUCAUAGUGUUGGAUCACAAGGAUGCUCUGGUUUUGCUAAUCAGCGUGCAAGGAGUUCUGAUAGUGAAGCUCAGGAUACUACUAAUUCUGAGACUAAUAUACACAUGUCUUCUGCUCAUGGUGUGUCAGCUGCUCAUGGCUGUACUGCUGGUUCUGAUGACAGUCCUGGUGAAGUUCAAUCUAAGAAGUCAAAAACGUUAAAUUCUCAUCCGAUGGUUACUCAAUCCAGGGCUGGGGUUUUCAAACCUAAAGCUUUUCUAGCUGAAGCCACAUCUUUAGAGUCUUCAAUGGUUCCGUCUUUGGAGCCUACAAAUGUUCAUCAAGCUAUGAAGUAUAGUGUGUGGAGAGAAGCAGUGGAAAAAGAACUUACUGCUCUUAGUGAGAAAGAUACUUGUGAACUGGUUAUGUUACCUCCUGAUAGAGUUCUAGUUGGCUUCAAAAGGCUGUUUAAAAUCAAGAAAAACUCUGACGGCAAUUUUGCUCGUUACAAAGCUCAUCUAGUUGCUAAGGGGGGAAAUAUAAGUGCAUGGAGUUCGAAGAAACAAAGGGUGGUAUCUCGUUCUUCCACAGAAGCUGAGUUUCGUAGUUUGGCUAAUGCUGAGUGUGAAGCGAUAUGGGUUAAGUCUUUAUUAGCUGAACUAGGUGUUCAUCUUACAUCUACACCUGUUAUUUGGUGCGAUAAUACUAGCGUGAUUGCUCAUUCGGCCAACCCGGUGCAUCAUGCCAAACUCAAACACGUUGAACCUGACUUGUGUUUUGUAAGGGAAAAAGUUAUGGACGGUUCUUUUCAUGUCAACUAUGUUCCAGCAGUUGAUCAAGUUGCCGAUGUUCUAACCAAACCCUUGUCUGCUCCGUUUUUCGUCCGUCUCAGGAACAGCUUCGUGUAG